AUGAACGGCGCCGGCGGCAAUGGUGAGGGUGAGCCCUCCCUAGUACAAGAGGAAGGGCCGCCGCCGAAUGCCGGCGGCGGCGAUGGUGGCGUGCUCGCACACGCACCGAACUUCGGCGCGACUGAAGCGGACACGCUGCUGGUGGUGGCGACACUGAUCACGGCGCUGACGUACCAGCUGGGCACCAACAUCCCCGGCGGGUACUGGCAGGCGGACGACGGCGCGGGGCACGUGGCCGGCGACCCGAUCAUGCGGGACAAGCACCGGCGGCGGUACUGGCUGUUCAUGGCGGCGAGCUGGGCCGGGUUCGGCACCUCGAUGAUGCUCACGGUGGGGCUCAUCACGGGGGUGCCCGCGCGGUCGCGCUUCGUGCAGCUCGCGUUCCUGGUGGCCUACUCCAGCCUCGUGCUCACGUUCGUCACGUCGCAGCCGCGCACGUCGCUCGCCAUGGACCUCAGCAUCUGGGCCGCCGUCAUGGCCGUGCUCGCCGUCGCCACCAAGUACCUGCGCCUCGACAGGUUACCCAGGUGGGCGCGCUCCCUGUGCCCUGCUGCUCCUCGUCCGGCCACGUGCUGCUGCUCACGUUCGCCGUGACGUCGUCGCUCGCCGUGGACCUAGCUCGUCAACGUCAUCUGGGCCGCCGUCGUGGCCAUCGUUGCCAUCAUCGUCACCGUGUACCAGCACGUCGACAAGCUCCCCGUCGUCUUGGCGCAGACCGCUUAUCUUCAAUACAGUUUGCUAGUAGUAACUGUGUGAUUGUUUUAGGAACUUUUUUUUUUUGGCCUGAUGUGCUGUUUGUUUUUUUUAAAGGUCCGGUUACCCGGCCAUAUAUUGAUAAGAGGGGGUAAGAGUUUUACAGCAUAGGCGCG